UCGUGAUAGGUGUUCAUAUAUUUACUCCAUCCCCGAGAAUUCGUCUUUCGUCAACACUUUUACAAGGUCAAUUCCCUUCACUAUGAGACUCUUCUCGCCCUUCUGUUUUCUUCUUGUCGGCCAGGCCGUGGCAAGUCCGACACCACAAAGACAGAGAAAUGCAGCUUUCUUCCUAGCCGGAGACUCAACAACAGCGAUUGGUGGAGGCUGGGGUAAUGGAUUUAUCACCACAAUCACCAAGGAUUCCUUUGGCAUAAACUAUGGCAAGAGCGGCGCAACAACUGUAUCUUUUCGAGCCCAAGGUUUAUGGGACACCACAGUCGCCAGUGUAGCCAGAGCGAGCGAGUUAGGAUACUUGCCAUUCGUUACGAUACAGUUCGGCCACAAUGAUCAAAAGGCGGCGGCUAACAUCAGCAUUGAGUUGUUCACGAACAAUCUCGAAACUUUUGCCAAAGAAAUCCUUGCGGCUGGAGGAACUCCCAUAAUGACAACUUCUCUGACUCGACGCACUUUCAAUUCAACAACAGGCAAAAUCAUAGAGAACCUUGCCGACCAAGCCGCCGCAACUAUAUCGGUUGCCAAGAAACUCCAUGUCCCAUACAUCGACCUCAACCGCGUUUCGACAGAUUACAUCAACUCCAUCGGGUUCCCACGUUCAGACACAUACAACCUGAGCCCAGGUGACCGGACGCACUUGAAUCCCAGCGGUGAACUUCUGUUCGGCACAAUGGUCAGUACAUUGAUUCGCGAGGAACUGAAGGACGGAAGGAAAUGGACGAGACCGAAUGCAACGAUUUCAGAUGCCCUUGCGAGUGGAACGUACAUACUUCCCACUCCUCUGGAGAAGGGUACCACGAAUUCAACUGCACCACCAAACUGGGAAUCGUGAGCAUUCCAUAGAUCCAGAUAUCUCUAAUGCCUACUGGGUAGUUUUAGGUGUCAAUUCCAGUCGCUAAGCCCUGAAGAAUAAUUGAGGAUUGUGGACGCACAUAGAAUCAAAAAUUCCAAAGUAUAUUAGUCAAGAGUUCAGUCACGAGGAAGCACAAGAUGGCGGCUCUCAGAAAUGAAAAUUAAGUCUUGUCCUCAAGUAUAGAAGACAGGCAUGUCCAAAUGAUAGGCAUGUCCAAAUGAUAGGCAUGUCCAAAUGAUAUUUGAGUGCCUGACUCUUCGGCUUAUUUCUUUGUCCUUUAAAGCAGACGAUGGAAGGAUAAUCCGCGGACUUAGAGAUAGAGAGAUUGACUUGAAGAUCUACAAUGUCCCCCGCUUCCCCAACUUCUUCUUCAUCUCUUCAAACAAUGCC